AUGCCAUCGGAACAAAAUAGUCCAGAAUUGAAUGAAGUAAAAAAAAUUGAAGCUUCAGAAGAGAAUAUUACAUGUGAAACUUCAUCUGUAUCAUUGUCUCCUUCAUCAGUAUUAUCUUCACCACUAACAACAACACCAAUAUCCACUUCAACAACUCCGAUUGUCACUUCAGUGAUAAGCACAACAUCAUUAUAUUCUUCAGCAGCUUUAUUUAAUUCAGUAGGUUCGUUGAAACGUGCACGUGUAGAGUCAACUUCAGUCGAGACUAAUCACAACACCAUUAAUCAACCUAAUUUACCGACUGAAUUUCCAUGUCCUUGUGGUCAAAUUAUAUCAGUGAAUUCCAGUGGAUUCUUGGAACAUGCACGUCAAUGUCAAGAAUUUAUGAUGACAGCAUCAAAUUUCGCUGAAGUUAUCGCUAUGAAUGCAGCAAUGGUUAUGUCAUCUGAAUGGAAUAAAUGUUUACCAUUGUUAAAUCAUCAGGAUUAUUUUAUGAUGAACAAUAAGAAUAUGAGUGUAAGUAAAAAUGUUCAGUUGUUUGAUGGUUACAAGUCUCCUUCGUCUUUGACGCUUAAACGGCAUGCACACCAAGAUGAUCAUCAUGAACGACAACGUUUACAAUCCUCAUCCACAAGUGUGAACACGACUGUCUCAUAUUCACAUCAGUCAGCCUUAGACUUAUCAUUUCGUUCAAAUGAAAUGCAUCCAACACCAACAAACAAUGAUGUUCACGUUAGACACGACUGUCCAGAGUGCCCACUAACCAGUACAGAUGUGUCAGUUAUACUAAGACAUUUUGAAGCAGAACACAAUCGAAUCGGAAAUUUUACAUGUUCUAAGUGUAAUGAAUCGUAUGAUUAUUUACCAGAUUACUUAAAACAUCAAAUGCUCAAUGACUGUUUAAGUAAUCCGCUUACAUUAUCGCCUAUAUCACAUUCUGUUGUCUCAUCGUUUGAUAGUACACCUUCAAAGAAGGCUAUAGCGAAAACGGUUACAUCAGAUGCAUGCGCCGAACGAGACUGCUCAUAUCCUAUGCGUAAUUAUCCACAUGAAAAUUAUAAUCAUUUAAUGAAAGAAAUGUUUCGUUGUAGAAAUUAUUCUUCAGCAUCGUCUCCACCGACGUCACCGCGUACACAAUCAAUCAAUGAUUAUACUACUGUUAAUACUACUGAAAUACAUCCAUCUAAAAAUAUUGCUGGAAGCGAUACCACUACUACUACUACUACUAAUGUCACAGUAGUUAGUAGUACUGCUAAUGCAGAUUUAUCAAAUACACAAAGAAAUAAUGGGCUAGAGAAUUUUGCACUAGUAACAUCUUUGAAUGCCACACAGACAACACCAUCAAAAGAAAAGAAAAAUAAGAAUAAUAAUACUGAUAAUGAUAAAAUUAGUAUGCGUGGUUCACCAUUAUUGAAUGGACUGAUGAACUCGUUACCAUAUGACUCACUGAAAUUAUCCCGUGGAUCAUUGUUUUCCCCGUAUACACAUGAUAACAGCAGUUUUUCACCCACUCGAAUAUUAUACAAUGAGAACAAAGUUGAUGGUUCUAGUUUCACUACUACUUUGAAUAAUAUCGAUGAUAACAGUUAUCGUAAUGAUAUGUAUCCAACAUCACCGAGUUCUUCACGUCCAACAAAUCCACAGUCAUUAUAUUCUAAUUUUAUGUCGAAUCUACAAUCAAUUGGAAAAUCUUAUCUUGGUGGAACAAUGAAAUGUUCAAAAACCUUGGGAAAAGAAAUAUUCACCAACUCACCUAUCAAUGCAAUUAUGAUGAAUAAUGGAGUUGGUUACAACAAUGUCACCUCUGUCAAUUCAUUACUUAUGAAUGAAUUUAGCAUAAAUCAACGUCAAAGUGGACAUUCUUCACAUCAUCGUGGUCAUAUGAAAGAUCAUCUUCAACACCAUCAUCAUGAACAACGAUCACAUCAAAGUAAUACUAUGAAUAACUUGUCUUCAGCGAUAACCCCAGAUGGUACAACAGAUUUAUCAAGACCAUUUAAAUGUUGUCAUUGCAUUAAAGCAUUCAAAUCCAAAGCUUUAUUAGACCAACAUAUGCAUAUACAUUAUCCACCAAAGUAUACCUGUCGUUAUUGUGCUAAAAAGUAUCGUUGGCCACCGGUAUUCUAUCAUCAUCAACGUACGUGUAAAAAGCGUCCACCAUCAACUACAUGCACAAAUAAUGAUACACACACUAGUACAGUAACUGUUACAAUGGCUUCAAGUAGUAAUACAAUGAAGCAUAAUAACCAUAGUAACCUUAGCUAUCUAACUUCAGGGUUAGGGAAGAACUGCUCACUGACUUCAGAACCAACCUUUAUUAAACCUUCAGGUUUUCGUUCUGAAAAUCAUCAAGCUGAUGAAAGGCAACACAAUACAAUAUCGUUGUCAAGAAGUACAGAUGACAAUAAAGCAGGAAAUGGAGCAUUUCAGUCAUAUGGACAUACACCAUGUUUUACACCAUUCAACUCUGAUCUACAUAUGACCUCAGGUUUACUGGAACUGUCCAACAAUCCUGCUAUGAUUCAUAAUAGUAAUAAUAAUGGUAAUAUUAUUAAUAAUAUUAGUAAUGAUGAUUUAUCUUUGAUGUCUCCAUCGAAUUUCAAUAACUUCGCAACACUGGCUGCUGCAGCGGCUGCAGCAGCAAUGAGUAUGCAUUUUCAAAUUCCAUCCAUUUCGCACAUACCCCCACCACCACCACCCCAUUAG